UUCCCUUUCUCUUGCUGUGCUCCCUAUUUUUCAUUUCUUUCGCUGGUCGUCGCCGCUGGUCGCCUUACGUUAUUACUACUUAAUCCUUUCCCUCGGACACACACGAUCCAUCUCUUUUGCCCAAGAUGGUGAAGUAUGCCUUUGUUGCUUUUGCCGGAAUGGCCGCGGCACUGCCGCUGAAUAUCAACCUCGGGGCCUACUCUCCGGCCCUCGUUGUCGGUGAUGGUGAAAUCAGCUUUGGAGGUAGGCAGGACGUGUCGAAUUUAAUCACUGCGCUCGAAGGCGCUGCGGUUAACGCAGCCGCAGGCGCAGCAGCAAACACGGGUGCGGGUGCGGGUGCGGGUGCGGGUGCAAACACCGGGGAGGGAGCGAGUCAAGUGGUCGCCGCCGCCGCCGCCGGCGGCCCUGUUGCUUCUACUGUUGCUGCCCCGACCCCGGUGCCCGACACGACCGAGAACGCAGCCACAGAUCCGGCCCUCGCCCAGCAGGCCCAGCAAAUAGCUGGUCUCCAGGGUCUGGGGAAAGCAAAGGCCAUCGCACCUCGCAUCGGCGCCGACGAGAGCCCCAAGAUGGACAAGCGGGACAUUGCCGGCUUUGACCGGGCCCUCAAAUAUGCCGAGGCCGCUUUGACGAAGGGUCCCAAGGUUCAGCUCGGCACCGGUGCCGAGGGCUCCGGCGUCGGCAUCAUUGUCGACAACAAUGCCAAUACCGCAGCAGCGCAACCAGGAGCUCAGCCAGGAGCGGAAGCCAAGAAACGGGACGUCGCCGGCGCCACCGCCCCCCGGCGGCGCGCGAAGGUGACGACCAUGUAUGUGCGCCGCGGCAUUCCUGAAGUCCUCCGAUCCCCAUCGGACAGCGCCGCCAUUGCCGCCCGGGCUCCCGGCCCAGCUCCAGCUCCGGCACCGGCACCGGCACAGGUGGCCGCUGCCGCGGAGCCCGUCGUCCCUGUCUCUGUCUCGAAGCGUGCCGAGAGCACCUUUGACGCGGUCAACCUGAAUGUGGAUGCCGAAGCCGGAGUGACCAUGACUUUCGUCGAGUCUUUGGAUGAUGACGAGGAGGAGGUGGAUGCGUGACGUGUGCCAUAGAGCAUGUUUUGUCGGUUAUGAGUCUGCUUUGUUUUGUGAGAAGGUUGGGUUUCGGUUUGGUUGGUAUGAGUGCAAU